AAGUAGGACUUUUCGGGAACAUCCCACGAGACCUCAAGGCAGGCGCUGAAGCCUGCAAUUAAGCGGGGCUAAAGAUUCCUUGGCUGAUCUCCCAUUCCACCCGGUUCUCGUCUGAACUUUGCCAGGCGGGCAACCGCCCGGGUAAUUGAUCACUGUGCCACCAGAACACCCCCUCCUCUUGAUUCCAGCAGUGCAGGAGUGUGCAACAUGAAUAAUCAAAAAAUGGUGAACUGCCUCUUGCAAGAAUGCAAGCAAAUGCUGGAGCAGCCCUCACUUACGGUGGAAGACCAGCCCAAGGAAAGCAAGAAUCAACUCUUCGGAGCUUCACUCCCUGAGGAUUUGAGGACCCUCAUCGAAGAGGCCAAGGAAAUGAAGUGGCCCUUUGUGCCAGAAAGGUGGCAAUACAAACAAGCCAUAGACCUUGAAGACAAAACAAAUUUGCAAGAUAUGAUCAAUGCAAGGCUGCAUGAGUUACUGGUUUGCUUAAAAACCUCCAUUGUCAACAGAGACUAUCUGACAGCAACAGCUAUUGCAUUUCUGGUUGACCGGUUUUUAUAUUGGGUUGAUGGUUCCAGCCAGCUUCUUCAAAUUGUCAAACGGCUGCAUCAGUUUGAGCCUACGGUACCAAUUGCCCCUCAACUGGUUAUCCGUCAGGCUCGCAUCUCUGUGAAUUCAGGUAAAUUAUUGAAGGCUGAAUAUAUUCUUAGUAGUCUUAUUAUUGACAAUGGAGCAACAGGAGUAUGGAAGUACUGCAAAGAAAGUGAUCGUAUUCUUGUUCAAUCUGUCUGUAUACAGAUCAGAGGACAGAUUCUACAGAAACUGGGGAUGUGGUAUGAAGCAGCAGAGUUGAUUUGGGCCUCUAUUUUGGGUUAUUUUACACUUCCCCUGCCAGAUAAGAAGGGAAUAGCUACCUCACUGGGUAUUUUGGCAGACAUCUUUAUAUCCAUGAGUGAAGAAGAUUACAUCAGAUUUAAAAACAAUUCACAGCUUGGCCUGAACCUUCUUAAAGAAUUCGAUCAUCGUUUACUUUCAGCUGCCGAAGCUUGCAAGCUGGCUGCAGUCUUGAGUCAGUUCACACCAUUAUUUGUGCUCACUGCAGUUAAUAUCCGGGGAAUGUGUUUGCUAACUUACAGCUGUUCAAAUGCAUGUCCUCCAGAAAAGCAAGCAUUUUAUUUAUCACAAGCAAAGGAAUCCUUUGAAAUUGGUUUAUUGAGCAAGAAGGACAAAGAACUAGUCACCAGCAAACAGGAGCUUCACAGUUUUAUCAAAGCAGCUUUCUCCCUUGCCAAAGUACACCAGCGGCUGUAUGGAGAAAGCAAGGGCCUUAAUCAGGUGAAUCAGUUGUGCCAGGAAGCUUUGGAGAAGCUUUAUGCUUACAGUUAUUCACUUCAAAAUGAAGAGCAGGAAAAAGAACUGCUUGCUAAAGACAUUAUGUCCCUGGUCAUGUCGGUUAAAGAACAAUUGCAAGUGCAAAAUUUUCCUAAUUCAGAUGCCAAAUCCUACAUUCCUGAUAGCUAUAAAACGGAUGUCAAAAAACAGGUUCUGAAUGGUGAUUUGAGCUUUGUGGAGGUUCUCAGAAUGUAUUUUCAGCAUCAUGAAUCAGUCUGUGAUGUUUUUGAAAGUACUUGCAGAAAUCAUAAAAUUAGACCAGGAAAAGGGAAGGCAAGGGCCUGUAUAACAACUUUGAAGACUGAAACCAGAAAUAUGGAUACCAUAUGUGCUACUGAAGCAAAUUGUCAUUGUGAAAAUCAGAGUGUAGCAAUCCCAGUUUCACAGACAGCAGGGAAAAGACACGAUGGCCUUAAAGACCAAACAGGAAAGAAAAUUUCUCGCAUUGUUACAAGGAGGGUUUCUCUUGAUGAACAGACAGAAAGUGAAACUUCUGAUAAUCAAAAGAAAGCUGGUGAGAUUUCAGUUGAUUCCCAAAGUGGGAAUAAAGUCUUUAGUGAACUGGGAACUUGGAGCAAAUUGUCCAGAUCAAGCUCUAAUACUAGUUGGGAAGAAAUUGUCAAUAAUAAAAAAGAUCUACCCCAAGAUAAGGUGCAGAAGGCAAAGAAUACUAUGGAGUUGCCUGAAGAUAUUGAAAAGAAAAUUCAAGAAAGUGAUCUUUGUUUAUUAACUAAUAAAAUACACAAAAUCACACUUCAACACUCUCAAAAUGACACAGGUUCUUUAAAGCAUCCCUUUCCAAAAAGCAUACCUUUCACUAAUACACCAAAAGAAUUGGACCCAAAUUUAAAAAAGAAGCAUAUGGAGGCAGGAGUGGAUGCUUCAAAACAGUCACCCAGCAGAGCUAGUAGCAGCAACUCCAAACAAGAUAGAGUAAUGAGUUUUACAUCUGAAAAAGAUCCUUUUGGAAUAAUUUCUUCAGGGAAGGUUGCCAGAACCAAGGACAGCAGCAAUGUUACUAUUUCUAGUAUUGGAAAAGGAAGCAUCGAAGACAAUGCAAACCAUACACGAGAUUCAAGCCCAAUAAGUAGAAAUCAUUGGCAAAUUGUUGACUUAGAAGGAGAAACAGAAGAUGGGACAGAUGAUUCACUAAUGAAUCCAGAUCUACCCAGUGAACAGAUAUUACCUGUUUUUGUAAGAAACAAUGUAUUUAAAGCUGAAUGUGACCCUUUUGUACAAAAUUGGAUCAACCAAUCUGCCAAUAUGACAUUAACAGGAUCCUCCUCUAAAAUAUCUGAAGUUAAAACACAAACAGAAGAUGACUGGGAACUGGUUUCUGAUGAUAGAAGAGAAUUAACAGACCAUUGUACUAAUGAAGGUAUAAUAAAAGAUCCACAAAAUCACAGGACUGAGACCCCAAGUGAUUUAUUAGGAUCGGGCAACAAGCAGGUUUCAAAUCAUUCUAGUGACUGUGCUACAACUGAAGAAGAUGAAGGUGAAAAUGUGGGGGUCAUUUUAAACAGCAGCCACAGCUCAAGCUCUCUGAAAUCAUGGUACAAAGGACCCAGUUUUUCCAGUAGUUUUUCUAAACUGGGAAGUUCUCCCUUAAUGAAUUCUAGCGGAAGCUCUUUUUCUUUUAUUAGCAUGGUCAAAGAACAAAUGCAACAAGCUCGUACUCUGAGUAAUGAUGAUUAUAACAAGCUGUUUUCGGGUGUUGAACAUUCUUGGCUAGUUGAGAGAAUGAAGAAUACAGGGGUCUUUAAACCAAACCUCCUUCAUAAAACACACCAUGCUCUUCUUUUGAAAUAUUCUAAGAUAUCUGGGCUGUGGACAGCUCAGGAAACAGCUGCAUAUAUUGGAGAUAACUUGAGUGUGGCAAAGAAAGGCAAGCAGAGAAAUGCUUUUUGGAUGCACUUUCUGCACCAAGAAGAAACCCUGGGAAGGUAUGUUGGCAAAGAAUACAAAGAAGAAAAAGAGAUUAUGUACCAUUUCAAUGAUGUGGAACGGCAAAUGACAGCUCAAUACUAUGUGACAGAAUUCAACAAAAGACUGUAUGAGCAAAAAAUCUCUACACAAAUCUUUUACAUUCCAUCAGUGGUACUCUUGAUACUAGAAGGCAAGUCUAUCCAAGGAUGUGUAACUGUGGAACCCUACAUUCUAGGAGAAUUUGUGAAGUUAUCCAACAACACCAGUGUAGUAAAGUUGGAGUACAAAGCCACAGAAUAUGGACUUGCAUAUGGUCAUUUCUGCUAUGAAUUUUCCCAAGGCACAGAUGUGGUGGUCGAUUUACAAGGCUGGGUGACAGAUAAUGGAAAAGGCCUCAUCUAUCUUACUGAUCCCCAGAUCCAUUCUGUCUCUAAGAAAGAAACAUCAGGCCUCACAAACUUUGGAAAGAAAGGAAUCUACUAUUUCUUCAAUAAUCAGCAUACAGAAUGCAAUGAAAUCUGUUCCCGUCUUUCAUUGACAAGACCUACCAUAGAGAAACCAAAGUGAUAUUAGAUGAUCUGUGCCCCUUUACCCAAGAGUCCCUGAUGUGACUUUUCAAUAAAUAUCUUUUCCCUUUUUUUGAAA